AUGGCAACCGGGCGUUCGACGAUUGUGAGGCCUCCGCCGGAGGACCCGAACAAGAGCCCGAUCGAGAACGUGCUGGAGGUGACGGAGCUGGGCGUCCUGGGGCCGGACAUCUUCACCAACACGCGCCAGCCAUGGCACCCGCCCGGCGCGCGCGGCAUCUUCGGCGGCGCCGUGAUCGCGCAGUGCCUCGCCUCGGCGCAGAAGACGGUGCCGAACGACUUCUUCGUGCACUCGUGCCACUGCUACUUCCUGCUGGCCGGGUCCUCGGAGAUACCGAUUUUGUUCCACGUCGAGCGCGUGCGCGACGGGCGCAGCUUCGCGACGCGGACGGUGCAGGCGCGGCAGCGGGGCCGGUGCAUCUUCACGACGACGGUGUCGUUUGUGAAGGAGGGCGCGGGCGGGGAGACGCAGGUGCGGCACGCGGCGCCGCUGCCGGCGGGGGUGAGGGCGCCGCCGGCGGAUUGGAGGGGCGAGCCGGAGUGGAGCACGCACUCGCCUUUUCAGACGUAUCGGAUCUCGAUGGUCGGGCCGGAUGGGAAGCCUGCGAAGACGACGCUGACGAAGGGGGAGAAGGGCGGGGAGGAGCCGGCGCCGCAUGAGAUGAAGAGCCGGAACUGGGUGAGGGCAAGGGGGAAGAUUAGUGUUAGCGGAGGGCAUCAGGCGCAUCUGAAUGCGUUGGCGUACAUGUCGGACAGCUACUUCAUCGGGACGGUGGGGCGGAUCCAUAGGUUGUGGCGGUUCCCGUUCAAGCCGGAGGAGUUCGAGGAGCUGCCGCCGGAGCUGAGGGAGCAGGUGGAGCGGUUGAAUGAGUUUGAGGGGAAUACGGAGGGCGGGGUGGAGUACUGGAAGACGAGGCCGCAUCUGGGCAUGAUGGGCGUUGUGAGGUUGAAGCAGGAGGAGGAUGCUGAGAAGGACGAACCGAAGGCCAAGUUGUGA